UUAUUUGGGGUUUUCCAUACAUAUCAGUGACCAGUGCCAUUAUUGAGUUGUUAUUAUCCGAUUAUUAACAAGAAAACGGUAAAUAAUUCCAGAAUGUCUUUGUCGAAGUUCUCCUCGACAAGAAAAGGAAAGAAUAUUUUCAUUUCUAACAAAGGCACCAUUGCAACUUGGGGAAGCAAAAAGAAAUGGUAUAUUAUCAAUGAGAACGCCAUGUUGGAUGAUACGGAAAUGACAUUGGAAGUUAACGGGAAACUUUAUACCAAAAUAGUAGUUGGGUUUACAAUACUGAAUCCAAACAGUAAAUAUAGCAAUAAUUUUUCUCCCCGGGGGAAAUUGUAUGUUGGUGUGCAAAAGGCAAUUGGCAGCGUUAAAAUAAAGCGUUGUAACAACUUUGUGUACAUGAAGUUGAAUGAAGCUGUGAGGAAAAAGACACGUUGUACUGCAAAGGAAAUAUGGAUAGUAGUGGGGCUCAUCUGUGGAAAUGGCCAUGUAACACUAUUGGAUGACUUAUCAACGAGCCAGAGGAGUACUGAGAGUCCGAAAGUAUUAGACCUCCAUACCAAGGUCGUAAUGGAAUUAAGUGAUAUAUUUUCACUUAAAUCAGCAGACUGGCUUUCUAUUUGUUUUCAAGUAAAAUCAAAAGGAUAUCUUUCAACCAAUGAUAUGGAUGAUGUUAACAAUAUUAUGGAUCUGUGUGAAGCCUUGAAGAAGAAAGGAAUCAUCAAUUUUGGGGAGUACAGUAAACUACGUGAAAUUCUUGUUACACGUGAUGUGAAGGCAGGAAAGAUAAUUGAUAAAUACGAGGAGAGAGUACGUCGGGAAAAGGAAGGUAAUACUCAAUCCGAACCUCUGAAACAGUGGAAAGGCAUUGGAGGGAAUGUUGAACAGUUCAGCUCAGGCUGCAGAUUGAAAGACUGGAACUCUCAUGGAGUCUUACGCAUGUGUUCCUACUUCAAAAGGAGUUGGCAUGGUGAUAAAUAUUCGUCCAAUUAAAAAAGAAAGGGAUCAUUUUAUCACCGUGAACAAAUUGAACACCACAACUUCGAAUCAAAAUAACACACGCGGUGUGCUUUCCGUUUGUGACAACAUUUUAACUCUUAAAAACACAGCAACAGAUUUGAAGAUUGAAGUUCAAUCUAAUGGAGAAAUAUUCUACUUUUGGGGUAAUAGGAGAGAUUCUACAACCGCUGAAACAGAAUGUAUCCAAAACAACAAUUUUGCAAUUGUGUUUGAACUUUUCAACACGCAAUUGAAAAUAACUGAAUCGUACAGUAUAGAUGAAAUUGAAAAUGGUCCGGUUGUACAACCGGGUGCUUUAGUCAACGGCUCGUGCGUGGAAUCGGAAACAACUUCAUCCCUCGAGUCCAUCAUAGACAUCGAAGACGAUGAAGAUAAUGAAAACGAUAAUCAGAUCAAUCCAGCAAGAUCUCGUCGUCACUCAGAACGUGAUGUAUCAGAAAAAAAUAAGAAUGAAUUAAAAAUCAACGAAGAUUUAUCUAUUGAACCCCCACGAAAACAAAUAUGUAUGGCUGUACGUCAACCACAAAAUCGCAUAGAUAAAUAUUUCAUAACGUCUAUUAACACAAAACUUGUAAACUAUCUAGAACCUUAUCCGUUUUGUGACCAUUUGGUAGAACACGGUUUUAUGUCAAUGGACGACAAUAAUUACAUAACGCGUUUAAGGUAUAACAAACCACGUCGCGACGUGAUCAGAGAGAUCUUAUCAAUACUAAACAAAUCAAAUAUUAACGAGGAGACUUUCAAAUAUAUUUUGGAGAAAUCAGAUUUUAGUCAUCCUCUCUAGAAAAACUUGCUUCCAGAAGUAAAGUUCAUUGUUUUUUUCCAUUUUUAGCACCGAUAAGCAUAACGAGUUCGUUUUAAGCUAAACCCCGUAGCCGUUGACUGAAAGACGCACCCACUUUUGUUUUGUUAUCUUAAUAAGCUUUUUAACUCGCUAUCAUCAGAUGGUGGGAUAUUCAAAUCAUCCUGCGUCCGUUGUCUGUCCGUCCUUAAACACUUCUUAUUAGUGCUACUUCUAAAAAGUAUAGAAGGAAUCUUUCUCAAAUUUCGGAUGAAGGUUCUCCAUAUUCCCUAGUUGUGCAUAUUAAAAUUAAGGACUGACGAGAAAAACAUGAUUGUCGACAGACAGCCAUCUUGAACUUGAGAGUUAAAGUUUGAUAGCACUAUUUCUCAGAAUGUACUAGAGGGAUCUCGCUCACAUUUUACUGUGAAGUUCCCUAUGGUCCCUAGUUGUGCAUAUCGUAUUUGGGGACUGACAGAGGGAUCCUUUUAAAAAGAUCUUAUGGAGGUUCCCUUUUUUGUUGUUAGUUAACCAUACCAAUUUUUGAGACUGAUUGAAUCACCAGGAUGGAUGACAGGCAGCCACUUUCUCGAGCUAUUUCUCAAGAGGAACUGGAGAGAUCCUUCUCAAAUUCCAUAUGAAGGUUCCCCAUUGUCAUAAGUUUAGCAUAUCAAAUUGUGGGACUGAUUGAAAAACCAAGAUUGCCGACAGGCAGCCGUCUUGAAUUUGAGAGUAAAAGUUUAUUAGCGCUUUGUCUCAGAACUUAUUUGAGGGAUCUUUCUCAAAUUUCGUACGAAGGUUCCCCAUUUGCCUUUGCGUUUUGGGACUGAAGGUCCAUCCGUUCAUCAACAAUUUCUUCUUUUUAACCAUUGAUUGGAAUUUGACUAAUUUGACUGGAAGCAUCCCUAGGUUGUGGGUAUUCAAAAUUGUACAAAUGGUGGGGCUGAAGGGUGGGGCCAAAAAAGGCAAUUUUACUAUAUUGUUUUAAGUGACUUCUUUUGUGGAACUAAGAGAUAUAUAUCAACCAAAUUUGACUGAAAGCACUGAAAAUUAUACAAAUGGUGGGACCACCCCCCAGGGGGUUGAGGGACAGGGCCAAAAGGGGACAAUUUGGCUUUAUUGCUAUAAACGACUUCUUCUGUAGAACUAUGCACUGGAUAUAAAUCAUAUUUGGUCAGAAGCAUUCAUGGGCGGUGGGGAUUCAAAAUUGUACAAACCCCCGGCUUAGGUUUUGGGCCAAAAAUUGUUUAUUACAUGGAAAUGGUACAGAUUCCCACCCUAUAACCAUAAAUACAAUUGCUGAGUAAAAAGAGAAGAAUGCACAUAUGCUUCCAGGAUGCCUCCGGGGUCUGACUCCAUCCUUGGAGACUUAACCCCUGGGUCAUAACUUUGAAACGGUUGAGAUCCCCACCCCAAAACUAUAUAUACAUUUUUUCUGCAUAAAAAGACAAAAGCUGUCACGAUAUUAGAAUUGACCCCGGGAUCUGCUCCACCCUUGCAAACUUAACCCCUGGGUCAUACCGGUAACUUUGAAACGAAUUAGAUCCCUACCCCAAAAUUAUAUAUACAAAUGCUUGGCAUAAAAAGAUAAAUAAUGUUAUGAUAUUAGAAUUGACUCGGGGUCUGGCCACAACCCUAGUGACCUAGUUUCUUAUAAUUAGUCACAGCUUGGAAACAGUUGAGAUCCCCACCCCAUAACCAUACAUAAACGUGCUUGGCAUGAACAAUCUAAUACAGAUAUGCUACAAGGUUUGGCCUUAGAGUCUGGCCCAUUCCCUUGGAUCUUAUAAGGAGAAUAUAUUGCCAUUAUUGCCUAGAUAUCGAGGUGAGCGAUACUGGCCCUCUGGGCCUCUUGUAUUAUCACAAAUUACUUGUUGUAUAACCAUAACUUAAUAUAAUUAGUGCACUUAAUUGUUUGUUAGGUAAUUGGGUCAAUAUUUAACAACUGCAUCCUACAUGAAUUGUAAACUGUCGUCUGCUACAGCACUGUCCUAUCCCUUGUGUGUCUGACUUACCUGUGUCAUGCUUGACUGCCUACCAGGGGUCAGGCAUGUGCAUCAGAGGUCAGGCAGCCUGAGUGAACAGGCAGUGCUGUGAGAGACUUCGGUGGAGAAUUGGCCAGCAGAGAGGCCAGAGGCAGCUAUAGAGUGGCUA